AUGGCCGCGCGUCCCGGACCGCUGUGGCUCGUGGGCCUGGCCCUGUGCGCGCUGAGCGGCGGCGGCCCCGGCCCGCGCCCCCCGGCCGGCUGCCCGGCCCGCCGCCUGGGCCCGCGCGAGCGCCGCGACAUGCAGCGCGAGAUCCUGGCGGUGCUGGGGCUGCCCGGGCGGCCCCGGCCCCGCCCCCGCGCGCCGCCCGCCGCCGCCCGGCUGCCCGCGUCGGCGCCGCUCUUCAUGCUGGACCUGUACCACGCCAUGGCCGACGACGACGACGAGGACGGCGGCCCCCCGGAGCGGCCCCCGGGCCGCGCCGACCUGGUCAUGAGCUUCGUCAACAUGGUGGAGCGUGACCGCACCCUGGGCCACCAGGAGCCCCACUGGAAGGAGUUCAGCUUCGACCUGGCCCAGAUCCCGGAGGGCGAGGCGGUCACGGCCGCCGAGUUCCGGAUUUACAAGCUGGCCAGCGCCCACCUGCUCAACAGGACCCUGCACGUCAGCAUGUUCCAGGUGGUCAGGGAGCAGUCCAACAGGGAGUCUGACUUGUUCUUUUUGGAUCUUCAGACGCUCCAAGCUGGGGACGAGGGCUGGCUGGUGCUGGACGUGACAACGGCCAGUGACCGCUGGUUGUUGAGCCGGAACAAGGACCUGGGGCUCCGCCUCUAUGUGGAGACUGAAGACGGGCACAGCGUGGAUCCUGGCCUGGCCGGUCUGCUGGGGCGACGGGCGCCGCGCUCCAAGCAGCCUUUCCUGGUCACUUUUUUCAGGGCGAGCCCCAGUCCCGUCCGAGCCCCUCGGGCAGCCAGGCCCCUGAAGAGGAGGCCGCCGAAGAAAACCAAUGAGCUGCCGCACACAAACAGACUCCCAGGGAUCUUUGAUGAUGUACAUGGUGGCAAUGGCCGGCAGGUUUGCCAGCGGCAUGAGCUCUACGUCAGCUUCCAGGACCUCGGCUGGCUGGACUGGGUCAUUGCCCCCCAAGGCUACUCGGCCUAUUACUGUGAGGGAGAGUGUUCCUUCCCGCUGGACUCGUGCAUGAACGCCACCAACCACGCCAUCCUGCAGUCCCUGGUGCACCUGAUGAAGCCAGAUGUGGUCCCCAAGGCGUGCUGCGCCCCCACCAAGCUGAGCACCACCUCCGUGCUCUACUAUGACAGCAGCAACAACGUCAUCCUGCGGAAGCACCGCAACAUGGUGGUCAGGGCCUGCGGCUGCCACUGAGGCCCUGCCCCUGCCGCCAACCCCCCCCCCCCCCCGCCCUGGGUCAGGCCCCUCUCCAGAGGCAGGAAACCCUGCAAUGCCGGCAUUGCUCAGGUGGGGUGGCAGGGAGGGCCCACCCCAGCCUGCCAGGGUCUCCCCGGGCCCCUCCGCCCUUCCCCUGGGGGAUGGUAGACCGGCUGGCCCAACACACACGGACUGCACUUGGUUCCGCUCAGAAGUCCUGCCGUAGAACGUGUGCUUGGCCCCCUCCAGGCCAACGUGAGGGCCAUCUGGAGCGUGAGGCCGGCUGGCGGGACUCCGAGCGGGGAUGAGGGGUCUUCCUCUUUCCAGGGUAUGCACUCACCUUUGGAACCGUGUAUUCCUGGGCUCCGACCUUGGCCCACUAGCAGUUAGCACAUUAGAAACAGAACAAGCCAGAUGGGCCUCAUACCAAGACGGAAGCCGACAGGGAUGUUUUAUGGCAUGUGUCUUCCCCUCCUGGGGGGAAGAGCUGUGACCACCCCACCCGCCCACCCCCAGGAGCAGAUAACCUUGGGGGCGGCCAGUUCCCUCCAGCUUUUCCAUGUGAGGCUCUGCAGCGCCUCGCCCAUGGCCGACAUCAGUAAGCAGCCCAGGUGGAUUUUCCACUGAACCCGGACAGGCCUCAGAACCCUCGGCACACAACUCCAGACCCCCAGCAGCCAUUCAGAGUUGAAGUGAACUCCAGUCCCCCUUCUGCCCCACUAAGGAGCAACCAUUUCACCCACAGACGGUGCCUGGGGCCAGGGUGGGAACUGUCCGAUAGAACCCAGGGCUUAAGAACCUGUUCAUCAGUCUGCACCACCCUGUGUGCCCGGGAGCGAGACCUGUGAGCCUGACACAGGUCCCCGUCCCAGGGGAGUGACAGGCGGUAAUCAGGCUGGCCCCCGGGGGUAGGGAGGGUCCCAGAAACCGCCACAGGCCGCUGGAGCGUUUAUUUGAUUUCUGACUUGCUAAGUCCGUAAGUUACCUGCUGGCACAGAGUCCCACUGCCCGAACCCUGAAAUACUGUGUUCAAAGCAGCUUGGGGGCCCACCCCCACAUGUGCUCCAGGAUGCGCCUCUCAGCAGUCACUCGGCACCCCGAGGAGGGGCCCUGGGACAGCAGGUGGGACAGCGAGUGUGACAGCGGCCCCUCCGCAGGGACCAGGACAGGACUCUGGAGUGAGCGCAGAGGGAGAGACCCUCCCCGGGUGCAUGGAGGGUGGGCCCAGACGGUCUGCAAGGUGGGGAGUUCCCUAGUAGCCGGGGGCUUUGACCUCAGCCUGGCAGGGAUUGGAGCACAAAGUGGCUGGAGUGUCAGGAGACCUGUAUUCUGGUUCCAAGUUGGCCACUGACCUGUUUGCUGUCUGGACAAGGCCCCUUCCUGAUUGAAGCUUCAGUGAUAUGGGAACAUUCCUCCCUCGGCCUGAAACCCUGACCCUCUCCUCUCUGCCACAGCCCAGACACAGCCUGAGCCCAGCUGCUGCAGGACACGAAACCUGCCAUCUGGGGACCUUAGUUAACAGCUCUCUCCUCCCAACGUCAAGGGUAGUGGAGGUUUGGAAACUUUUGACAAAUGUAUUAGGUCUCUUCAACGCCUACCAUAUAACCUGGCAUGCUUUGGAAAGCUUGUAAAAUGAAUGUUUUAAAGGUGCAGACUGCCUUGCCCAUUGGGUGUGCCGAACAGGUACGUAAGUCUGAUCUGAAUCCCUUUCUGUGCAAUCAAGCCAAAAGUAGAGUGGUCAUGGCCUUUCUGACAGACUUCUAGAACCUCCAGCCAUCCAGGCAGCCACCAAAUGGAAACCAAACAGAAAAGGCCUUGGAGAAGAACGAUGGAUGCAACGUCAAUGAAGGGGCAGCCAUCUUGUUUACGUGGUUGCCCCAGCAGCCCAGGCUCCCUUCAAGGCUGCACAUUAGAAGCCUAAGUAAGGGUGGUCAGCUCAGGCCUGCUGACAGCAAAGGAAAUGCUGCCAGGAAGAGAGGCCACAGAGGAAUAGCCAAGUUUGGGGCCCUUAGUGUAGGGGGGCUGCUCUGUGCACCUCAUCCCCAGUGCAUCUCCACCAUCACGGCACAGCCCUGGCCUGAUGCCAGCCCAUCAGGCAAAGCCCCAUUCUUGUGUCUCUCUUUAGGGAUGUAGGUAACAUACUUCAAGAAGUGCCUAGAAUGGCACAGGAAAGGGGGCUGUGAAUAGGACAGUGUGGGUUUUGGAGCCAGGAGACCUGGCGUGGAAUCCUGGCUCUGCCUCUUGUUAAAUUGACCACAUUUUGUCACGUCUGAGUGAGAGGUUUUUCUUCCUCUGAAUGGGGUAUCUGUUCUGUCCUUGCAAGGCCAUCGUGGCAUCAGGUGCGUCCUUGAAAGCACUUGGCACUGCGUCUGCACGGUGCCGAACGAAUAGCAUCUAUCAGUGGUCUUAGUUUAAGUGAAUUGGCGUACCCGAACCUCCCCUGUUGGCCUUCCCGUUAACACCUGCUCCUCCCAGAGCAUGCCCAGGAGGUGUUGCUGUGUUUACUUUAAGGCUGCAUUUUUCCUAAAAAAUCUAAAUGUGGUCCUAUCUCUGGAGGAGGUGGAGACUUACACAAUCCCCUGCCCACAAAAGUCCCGGCCGGCAGGGACCGGCAGGGACUCAUAGUGAGCCACGCGGCCGGGUGCCUCUGCUGAGGAACCCCUCCCCAAGUCCAGCACCCACCUGCGACCUCCAGGAAGCUGAAGGGGGAGCUUUCCAGAAUUUCUCUUCUUACUGGGAAGCCUUGAGCAAGCAUUUGGCCCUUUAAAAAAAAAAGUUUUUCCUCACUGAAGAAAAUAUUACGUGUGCUCCAGGGAAAUUUUUGAAAAUAAAAAGCAGAAUACAAAUACGCAUAAUCCCAGCACACAGAGCUAAGCACUGUUAAUCCCUUCCAGCCUUUUUUCUUGACACACGUCUGUUUUUAUAUAGAAUAUAUGGCUGUUUUACAAAGUUAGGAUCAUACUCUAUGCACUACUUGAUCUGAUUUACUCAAUCUAUGGUAUAUUUAGAAAAUCUGUUAUUAAAUCUUCUUUGA